AUGGUCACCACCCAUGAAGCAAAGCACCAGAUUGUCAUCGUCGGCGGUGGCAUCACGGGCCUCACCUUGGCCCUGAUGCUGCAGAACAUUGGCAUCGACUAUGUGCUUCUCGAGGCGUACGGCACGGUGACUCCGAACGUCGGGGCCAGCAUCGGCCUCUGGCCCAACGGCCUGCGAAUUCUCGAACAGCUAGGCUGCUACCAAGACAUUCUGGCCAAAUCGCAACCAUCCGAGAUAACAAUCUGUCGGAACGCCGCCUCUGGAAAGCGCAUCAUGACCCGCUAUUCGAAGGAUCUCAUGCUCAAACGGCACGGGUACCCGGGCGUAAUCAUGGAACGACAUGACCUGCUGUGCGUGUUGUAUGAGCACUUGAAAGACAAGGAUAGGAUAGUCCUCAACAAGAAGGUGCAACGGGUGGAGUCCCAGGAGGGGAGUGCUCUGGUCUAUACCACGGACGGAUCUGUGUUUGAAGGCCAGAUCGUCGUAGGCGCGGACGGCGUGCGCAGCACCAUCAGGAAGGAGAUGUGGAGGAACGCCGACGACAACGGCGACUCGGCCGCCAUCCCCGCGCGCGACAGAGGCACCGUCCCCUGCGAGCACGCCUGCAUCUUCGGCACGGCCAAGCCGACGACCGGCAUUGCGCCUGGCGACGUCAUUGGCGCGAGCGGCGACGGUACCCUGGCCGCCUGCAUGGGCGGGGCCGGCGCCGAGGUCUUCGUCUUCUGGUUCUGGACGCUGCCCGCGUCGCAGCAAUCGUGCCCCAUCGACGACAUCCCGCGGUUCGACGACGAGGACAAGCGGCGCGAGCUCGCGCGCAGCGCCGACGCAAUCGUCGCCGACAACGGGGUACGCUUCCGCGCCGUCGUGGACAACCUCAAGCACAGCGGCGUCACGGCGCUGCCGCACUUUGUGAUGCGGCGGUGGCACUACGGGCGCAUCAUCAUCCUCGGCGACGCGGCGCACAAGUUCAAUCCCCUCGUCGGCCAGGGGGGCAACAGCUGCAUCGAGUCGUGCGCCUCGCUCGUCAACGUCCUGCGGGACGGGGGCCUCGUCGGCGGCGCGUCCUGGGCGCUGCCCGAGCUAACCGAGGCGUUCGCCGCCGUCGAGCGCCAGCGCAUCCGCCGUGUCGAGGACAUGGUGAAUAAGAGCCAGAACGCCAUGCGCGCGUCCGCCUGGGACAGCCUGAAGGACCGCCUGCUGUUCAAGUACAUCAUGCCCCUCAUGCCGACUCCCCUGUGGCUCAACUACUACAGCGAUCUAAUCACCGGCGGCUUGAGCCUGAAGGGCUUCGGCACCCUCUCGUCUGCCCACGAGUGGCCUUACGGUGACGAAGAGGGUGUGGAGGGCAAGGGUUCCGUGCUGGCCAGAACCACCAAAGUCGCCGCAUUGCCUAUCGCCGCGAUUACUGCUGCAUUUUUACUGACAAAAGUGCUCCACAAGGAAAAUGUGCUUGGGGGCUCGUUUAUUUUGUCGCGCAUUAUGGAACAGGUCUCGUAG